GCAUGCGUGGUGGUGGGCAGGGCGGGGUACACACCGGGCUGGCCGGCGGCUGCCCUCGCCAGUCCCCGGCUCAGAGGUGUUUGCAGCAACAUAUGCAGAACUGGGUAAAGUGCUCUUGAAGUCAAGCCGCUUUUGACAAGGGAUUUAGAGAGGAGUAUCAGAGGGUUUCAGCUGUCAGUGUGAAUGUAACGAUCGCGAAAGGUGACAGAUUGACAAUCCUGGAGACUGAAGUCAUUUAUCACUAGAACAGGUUGUCCUACUCCUGCACUCCUUCUGUGUUGCUGCAAUGACUGGAAAGUCCCUGCUCUUAAAGGUCAUUCUCCUGGGGGACGGUGGAGUUGGGAAAAGUUCCCUCAUGAACCGUUAUGUCACCAACAAGUUUGACUCACAGGCUUUCCACACCAUAGGGGUGGAGUUCUUAAACCGCGAUUUGGAAGUGGAUGGACGUUUUGUGACCCUCCAGAUUUGGGACACAGCAGGACAGGAGCGUUUCAAGAGCCUGCGAACCCCCUUUUACAGAGGAGCAGACUGCUGCCUGCUGACCUUUAGUGUAGAUGACCGCCAGAGCUUCGAGAACCUGGGCAACUGGCAGAAGGAGUUUGUCUAUUAUGCAGAUGUGAAGGACCCUGGCCACUUUCCAUUUGUGGUCCUGGGCAACAAGAUAGACAAACUUGAGAGGCAGGUGACCACAGAAGAGGCCCAAGCAUGGUGUUUAGAAAAUGGGAAUUACCCUUACCUGGAAACCAGUGCCAAGGAUGACACCAAUGUGGCAGUGGCCUUUGAGGAAGCUGUGCGGCAGGUGCUGGCUGUGGAGGAGCAGCUGGAGCAUUGCAUGUUGGGGCACACCAUUGACCUGCACAGCAGUUCCAAAUCAGGAUCUUCAUGUUGUUAGGAGUCACCUAGGGAUUGUACCCAGGACUGAUUGUUUAAAUAGAACAAGUGCAAAUGGCUCUUGAGCAUGCUGAGGUAUGCAGACAGAAAGGACAAUGGGUGGGGUCACUGGCUGUAGGAGUCGCAGCCUUUCUAGCUGUAUAACAGUUGGAGUUUAUGGGUGUGAAGAAGAGGAUUAGGGGAGAGAACUAAUUAGGUGCAUUUGGAAGUAGUUCUCCCCCCUCCCUUCCUUCUUUCUAACAGAUCUAAGGACAGGGUUAAUCUGAGAGGGUUGCAAAUUAUGGUCUGUGCCAAGAUCUAUUCACAAAAUGAGACUUGCGGAGUGCUAGACAUUCCCCAAAUUAUUUUAUUAAUGAACUGAAAAGUACUAAGCCCACUAACCUCUGCUGCACCUCAUGACUGUACAUUGCCAAAGUAAGGUUUGAUCAGGUUGCUGCAAAUAAUAAAACCAAAUGGGAAGAUUUCAACCUGGAAUUGGCAUAAGGGUGCCAACUAUAGGAAUGACUGACAUAGUUCUGUUGCUUAAAUUAAUCCCUUGGCAUCCUGACGUGCCCUAGUCUUUCUGACGCUCUCAAAAGAAACUUGCAGUGUGGUAGAAUGAUGCUGUGAGUGCAUCACACUGGAAAGUAACAAUGUUCCAAUCAUUUGAAGAACAGGGUAUGAGGGAGUGGAGUAUGUUUGAAUGUUGCAGCCUUAAUUCUAGACAGCUGCCUACCUUGGUCAGUUUUCUUCCCAUAUCUAACUUUGCUCCAUAUGGAUGUUACUUUCCUAGUGUGACUAGCCUCCUCCUAGUUUGUGUACGCCCUUGUUUUUUUCUGAGGCUCAACACUAGAUGGAGCUGCUCACCUUUUGGGUGACACUGGGCAAAUCCUACCUCACUCAUAGUCUCAAUGUCUUGCCUGUGAGGAAGGCUUUAGAAUGAACACGGAGGACAGUCGACUCUGUGUGAAUCUUUCGCGGGUCUCGGUGCCAUGUAAUUACUAACAGAUCAUGGCCCCAGCUACAGGCUCCUACACUGUUGAUGGAUUGAAUAACAACUCCUAGAAGUGCAGAUGACUGGGCCAGUAAAACCACCCUUUCGUAAGUGUGCUGGUGUAGCGGCCCUGGUUCUGGCUGUGCUUUGUUAGCCCAAGGGUCACUGUCUUAAGCCACUUCAACUCAUCUCCUUUAAUCUGGAUGCUGCAGCUCUGAAUCAAUUAAAUCUGCUCUCUGCAGGACCUAAGAGCAGCCAGGAUAUUGGGAGUUAAUUGCUGGUGAGGAGCACAGACCUAACAGGUGUCUCACUGCACUGUCCUGUUUUCUCCAAAAAUAGGGUUACCAUAUUCAGACUUUUAAAAAAGAGGACACUCCAUGGGGCCCUGCCCCCGGCCCCGCUCCUUCC